AUGGAUAAGUUUACAAAUAAUCAGAUAAGCGGCAGAACUAGGAGAAUAUUAUUUGCUUGUCUUUCACAAAGUCCCCUCGAUGAUUAUUUGUCAGAUGACCCAGAGGAGCCAUAUAGAAGCUCAGGGUCGGACUAUUUACCAGGAGACGAAAGUGAUGAUAAUGGUGUUCUGUCUAAGAAAUGCUUCAAAAAUUGUCUGCAUGAACCCAACAACGACGGCGACGAUACAUUUACACCACUUCCAGGGCCUAGUGGUAUUCAACGGGGCUUAUUAUGCCAAAACAUACAAGAAACUACCCAUCCACCAACACAUGCAAGUGAUUUCGAAACCGAUUCAGACAAUGAACCGCUUGUCAUAAAAAAAGCUAGAAUCCAGACUCAGGAAGCUCCUUCUACAUGAUGUGCUGCAGCUAGGCAUAACAGAAA